AUGGCCGCACCGAGUAUAUCCUUCGUAAGCCUCGGCUUGGUGGUCCUCGAUGAGAUUCGCUUUUCUAACCAAAAACCACUAAUUGAUGUCGUCGGUGGCUCUGGGGCCUACGCUACGCUUGGUGCCCGUUUAUUUCUUCCUAGUUUAUCAAGUCGCUCUCUUGGGUGGCUGCUCCAUAUUGGGAAUGACUUCCCUGAACCAAUAGCACAAUAUCUUACGAACAACUGGGAUACAACAUUGAUAAUAGACAAGGAAACUGAUAAGCCAUCGACAAGAGGCUUACUUGAAUAUAAAGAUACCACAUUUGGACCCAAGGACUUUAGAUACACAACCCCAAUCCUUCAAGUCCAGACAAGCAGCCUGAAGGACACCCCGCUCCUGGAAUCAAAGGCCUACCACUAUCUCGAAACACCGCAAAACAUUAUAAACCGAGUCUCAGACCUUCUGAGUGCUCGAGAACACGAAGCCAUACCGAGGCGGCCUUUAAUUAUUUGGGAACCUGCUCCUCCAUCCUGCAGGGCAGAGAACUUGCAACCGUGCCUCGAAGCCGCACAUACUGUCGAUGUAUUCUCUCCAAACCACCUAGAGUUAGCCGCCUUCUUCGGAGACCCGCCAUCAUCUUCUUCUUUGGGUAAGGAGAAGAUUGAGUCUUUAGCGCUAAGGUUCCUGGACAGUGGCGUUGGCCCGGAUGGAAAGGGGACUGUGAUUAUCCGAGCUGGAGAGCAUGGCUGUUUUGUUUGCGCACGCCAUCUCUCAACUUCCUGGUUGCCUCCGUUCUUUAAAUACGGUCCAAGGAGAGAGCAUAACAGCAAAGUCGUUGAUCCAACUGGAGCAGGGAAUGCAUUUCUAGGGGCGUAUACGAUUGGAUACCUUAAUACAGGAAAUAUUAUUGAGGCAGCUUGCUAUGGUUCAGUUGGAGCGUCGUUUGCGCUGGAGCAAGUUGGGAUGCCUGAAAUAGGGACAGAUAUAUCUGGAGAGCUGUGGAAUGGGGAGUCUGUUCUCUCGCGUUUGCAAGAGUAUCGGAUGGCUAUUGGAGGAUUUGCCACUUCAACCUGUACAUGA